AUGGAGCCUAUUGGAGUCGCCUUGGAGGGAGAAUGGAGCUCUCUUUGUGGAAUGUACACAAGCGAGGAGGCUGAUUUCUUGGCACAAUUGCUUGGUAACAAUGAUUCAAUUUCCUGCUUGGGAGUUCCAUCUUCUUUCUGGUCUAGCCAUGAAUCAGAAAUGAACAUGGCAGGAGUCGAUGAAGGUUCAACUAAUACUAGUUUCUGCAAUUUUUCACAAGGGAGUAGUAGUUAUAGCGGUGGAAGCAGUUUUCUUUUUCCCACCUCUAGUCAGGAAAGCUACUACUUGAGUGAUUCUCAUCCAGUUUUGGUUGACAAUAACAGCUUCAUGUCUAUGGAUUUUUGUAUUGAAGAUGUGACAAAUACUGCCUCGUAUCUCGUCGAAGGCGAUGACUGCUCGAACCAGGAAAUGAGCAAUGGCAAUGUGGAAGAAUCUGGUGGAAACCAGCAGCCUGAAGCUGCAGCUGAUCUACCUGAUGACAAUCAGCCCAAGAAGGAACAAGAGAAGCUGGCGCCUGAACAAUCGACAGAAGAUAAAAGCAACAACCCAUCUGAGAUUUCUAAGAAAAGAUCACGAAGUGCAGGAGAUGCUCAAAAGAACAAGAGGAAUGUAAGGUCUAAGAAGAGCCAGAAGCUUGCCUCGAGCAGCAGCAAUGAUAUAGAGAGUAAUGCCAGCCUUAAUAGGCCAGCCUCGAGCAGCUGCUACUCAGAGGAUGACUUAAAUGCAUCCCAAGAACUCAAUGGAGGAGCUAGUUCAAGUUUGAGCUCGAAAGGGACUUUAGCUCUCAACUUGGAUGGCAAAACAAGGGCCAGUAGAGGGACAGCGACUGAUCCCCAGAGCCUCUAUGCAAGGAAAAGAAGAGAAAGAAUAAAUGACAGGCUGAGAAUUCUACAGAAUCUUGUGCCUAAUGGAACAAAGGUUGAUAUUAGUACAAUGCUUGAAGAAGCAGUCCAUUAUGUGAAGUUUUUGCAGCUCCAAAUUAAGCUGUUAAGUUCUAAUGACCUUUGGAUGUAUGCCCCUAUCGCUUACAAUGGAAUGGACAUUGGACUUGAUCUGAAGCUAAGCACGCCAAGAUGA